UACUAACCGUCUGUCAUCUCAAGCGAGGGUGCUUCCGUUGUGCGCGCUCCCGAACGUUCGGUCACGCGCCCAGCUAACCAGCGGACCCGUUUAGCGCUACAAGCUACGCGGCUAACGCCACGUGACACCCCAGUCGGGUCAUGUGACCGGUCUACCUCCUGCACACUGCCGCCGACAACAACUUUUCUCCCGGCCGGAUCCCAAAGUGGACGAACAUGGCGGACUAUGAGGAGCGGCAGAGCCUGCUGGGAGAUGACGGCGAGGGCUCAGCCGGAGCAGCCGGAGGAUCGAUGCCGGCCAUCUGCGACCCCAGACACCUACUGCACCGAGUGGUCGUCCUGAUGUUCAUGUGCUUCCUGGGAUUCGGAAGCUACUUCUGUUAUGACAACCCGGCUGCUCUUCAAACUGAAGUCACCCAGGACCUGAACCUGAACACUGCAAAGUUCAUGCAGCUGUACGCCUGGUACUCUUGGCCCAAUGUGGUGCUCUGCUUCUUUGGGGGAUUUCUGCUCGACAGGGUUUUUGGCAUCCGGCUGGGGACCAUCAUUUUUUCACUCUUCGUCUGUGUUGGACAGGUAAUAUUUGCUACUGGAGCUUUAGUGAAUCGUUUCUGGCUGAUGGAAGUUGGACGUUUCAUAUUUGGUAUUGGAGGAGAGUCCUUGGCCGUGGCCCAGAACACCUAUGCAGUCAACUGGUUUAAAGGAAAAGAGCUCAAUCUGGUGUUUGGCCUUCAGCUGAGCAUGGCUCGCCUGGGCAGCACAGUGAACAUGAACAUCAUGGGCUGGGUGUACAGCAAAGUCGCAGUCCUCGUCGGCUCUUCCGGACACACCGCGCUAGGCGCAUCGCUCAUGAUAGCUGGUGUGACCUGCCUGUUUUCACUCCUCUGUGCCUUGGUGUUGGGAUUCCUUGACAAAAGAGCAGAGAGGAUCCUCAACAAAGAAGAUACCGGAACAGGUGAGGUGAUCAAGUUGACGGACGUGAAAGAUUUCCCCUUCCACCUGUGGCUCAUCUUCAUCAUUUGUGUGUGCUACUAUGUUGCCAUCUUCCCCUUUAUUGGACUGGGACAGGUGUUCUUCAUUGAAAAAUUCAACUUCUCCCCAGCUGAAGCCAGAGCUGUCAACAGUAUUGUGUACAUCAUCUCGGCUCCUGCAUCUCCACUUCUGGGCUUCAUGGUUGAUAGGACGGGGAGGAAUGUGAUCUGGGUAAUGACUGCCGUGGUCGCCACCCUCGCCGCUCACGUGAUGCUGGCCUUCACCUUCUGGAACCCAUGGAUCGCCAUGUCCCUGCUGGGUGUCUCCUACUCCCUUCUGGCCUGUGCCCUUUGGCCCAUGGUAGCCUUUGUGGUACCUGAGCAUCAGCUGGGGACCGCCUAUGGCUUCAUGCAGUCGAUCCAGAACCUGGGACUGGCGCUCAUUGCCAUGGCAGCAGGAGCCAUCCUAGACAACAGAGGAUACCUGGUUUUAGAAGUCUUUUUCUGCAUCUGCAUCUGCUUUGCAUUGAUGGCAGUGGUGAUGCUGUACUUUGUGGAUUACCUCAGAGGUGGAGAUUUGAACCGGUCAGCCUCAGCCAGAGCCAAACUCCAGAAAGAAUCCACUUUAGACGCAGAAUGAUGAUGAUGAUGAUUGUGAGGGAACACACAAAGGCCACGAAGAGCUGUCAAUCAACUGCCACUGGGCGGGACUGCACUACUGACUCCUCCCAGUGCCGUCGCCUGUGGCUCUUCCCAUCAGAUCUGACUGUCUGGCCCCUGGCUAUUACAUAACCAAUCCUGUACUAAUAUCUUAUUAUGUCCUUAUCAGGACACUGACAAAUGACACAUCUCAGUUGGGACUCCACAGUUCCUCUCUGACCUCUCAUAUUGGCUUCAUCUCCUCCAAUAUUCACUCUCCACUCCGCCUGUGCCUGUGCGUGUGCAUGUCAAAGUCUCGUCAGUUACUGAAGGAAGUUAAGAUGCUUCCAAAGUGUUUCAAAUGAAAAGAUGAGACUCGUAUCCUUUAUAAAGGUGUCUAUUUAUCAUAAAUAGCGCUUGAUUUUAUGACAUGCUAAUUCAACUCACUAUGUAAGAUUCAUAUAUUAAUUAAUUUGUUUUAAAUGUAAAUAGGGUAACUUUGUGGAUGUCUUUAAAUGUUUUUAUAUGUUUCUUUUUACAAAUUGUUUUAAGAAGCGCCUUUGCCUUAUUGCAGACAACUCAGCAGUUAAUGUACAUAUCAAUUGUCAGCAUUCAUAAUAAUUGCCAACCAAAAUCCUCCUUACUGGGCUUUCCUUAGUAGGUUCUUAUUCAAUUUUAAUCAUAUGCUUCAUUGACCUUUUAUGGUACAAAAUCUCAAAAAGAGCACAGCUCUUUUUUUGUUUAAGUCUUUAUGGCUCAAUUAUUUUAUUUGAUAAUUCCUUUAUCUGCUCUUUGCUGGUUUCGGGGGUUCAUAAAGAUUUACUUUCUGUUGCAUCAUCAAAUGGUAAAUGACUAUAAUGAUAAAAAAAAGAUAAGAAAUAUAGGAAGACAAACUUUGGAAUGAAUUUCCCAGUGUAAUGAUAAUAGCAGAUCCAACUUUGUACAAACUGUUUUAUAAAUGUGACCUUUUAAAGAGUCAGCGUAUCAACUUAUAAAUGAUGUUUUGUAGACAGUCAUUUGCUUGUUUAUCAAGCUCAGGUAAUUAACUUGUUGUAAGCACUGCCCCCAAGUUGUUGCUUGCUUCUUCUGAACGGUGACACAAAAUAUGAAUGCACUGUGUUUAACUCUCACUAUUCCAGUAAUGUGGAAAAACAUGUAUCUCCAUGUGUUGUCAUGGUCACAGACUGUGGCUGAUAAACACUCACUACCUCAGUUGGCCAAAUAAGUCAUCAAAAUGUUAAGAGUAACUUGACACCCCCUGAACAUUUUUGAUGACCUCCCUAAGAUCAACUUAAUGUUGAUGACCUCCCUGACAUCACACACCGUGUCAUUACUGGUGCAAAAGAGCACACUUUCUGAGAAUACCUUUAUGCGAUUUGGUGAAUUGCCUCAGAGGCCGAAUGGAGUGGAAAUUUCCAACCACAGAAAGUAGAACUCUACUUUUCAUUGUGGUGUUAAGUUGCUCUUUAAAAGCCAGCAAGUGUAAGAAGACAGUUGUAUGUGAUUGCACAUUAAAAUGACCACAGUGGCAUACAGCAAGAGCCACUGGUCACUCAUUUGCACUAUGGGGAUGUGGCAGCAGGGCAGUCUUUGCUGAACUGACAAUAUUUGUGUUAAAGUAGAAGUUGAAGUGUUAACUGUUAUUCAGCUGUCUAUAAGAAACGACGUGAUUUGAGAAAUUAUCGAAGAUCUAUUGUACGAUCUAAGACAAUAUGUUUAAAAAGAAGUCUUUUUGUAGAACCAAAUCACAUUUGAUACAAGAUUAUUAAUUGUACAAUGAUAUAAAUUAAACAUACAUUUGUGAAAGCAUAUGAAAUCUCUUUUACUAACUUUUUUUCUGCAGUAUUUUUUAUUUUUUUUUCUCAAACAGAUAUUGUAAUAA